UUCCUUAAAAAAAUCCCCAAGUCGCCCGAGCUUCCGAAUUGGCCCUGAAAAGAUCACACUGAACCAGCACACUUUCGUGUUGAGUUUUUAAUAAUCUCGGAGAGCAAGGAGUUAAAAUCGAUGCCUAUUUUUGUUGUUGAUGAUCGCUUUAGAAAGGCAAAAGCCCUUUUACAGCUCAUUCCCGACACUGCGAGAACGUGAAAAACCCCUUUCUUCCUUGAAUGGUGGCGGGAGGUGGGAAUGCACGAGUUGCACAGCUUUUGGGCAAUGUGGAGCUGAUUGCAAAGAAGAUCAACAAAAAUGGGAAGCAGUAGAUUCUGGUUUACUUCUAGAAAUGUCAGUGGGACUGGUUAAGACCAAAAUCUGAAGUUUUAUCUUCGUUUGCCCAUCACCAGGUGUGCACUGACAGAGGCUACCAUAAAACUAUUUUGAGUAUGAACAUCUUUUAAAAUGUCCCCUUUUGCUUUCUUUAACGACCACAUGAAACUUGAGAAGCCAUCUAAAGCUAAAUCAUUUAGUGGAGUUGGGCAGUUCCCAAGUGUCCAACAAGAAGGCCUGGUUUAGGCUGCGAUGGCCACUGUCAUUCCUGGUGAUUUGUCAGAAGUAAGAGAUACCCAGAAAGUCCCUUCAGGGAAACGUAAGCGUGGUGAAUCCAAACCAAGAAAAAACUUUCCUUGCCAACUGUGUGACAAGGCCUUUAACAGUGUUGAGAAAUUAAAGGUUCACUCAUACUCUCACACAGGAGAGAGGCCCUACAAGUGCACACAACAAGACUGCACCAAGGCCUUUGUUUCUAAGUACAAAUUACUAAGGCAUAUGGCUACUCAUUCUCCUGAGAAAACCCACAAGUGUAACUAUUGUGAGAAAAUGUUUCAUCGAAAAGAUCAUCUAAAGAAUCACCUACAUACACAUAAUCCCAAUAAAGAGGCCUUUAAGUGUGAAGAAUGUGGAAAGAACUACAAUACGAAGCUUGGAUUUAAGCGUCACCUGGCUUUGCAUGCUGCAACAAGUGGUGAUCUCAAUUGUAAAGUAUGUUUGCAGACAUUUGAAAGCACAGGCGUACUGCUGGAGCACCUAAAAACACAUGCAGGCAAAUCAUCAGGUGGAGUGAAGGAGAAAAAACACCAGUGUGAACAUUGUGAUCGACGGUUUUACACCCGAAAGGAUGUCCGAAGACACAUGGUAGUACACACUGGAAGAAAGGACUUCCUCUGUCAGUAUUGUGCACAGAGAUUUGGCCGGAAGGAUCAUCUAACACGGCAUAUGAAGAAAAGUCAUAAUCAAGAACUUUUGAAGGUCAAAACAGAGCCAAUGGACCUUCUUGACCCAUUUACUUGCAAUGUUUCUGUGCCUAUAAAGGAUGAGCUGCUUCCAGUGAUGUCUUUAUCUUCCACUGAACUGACAUCAAAGCCAUUUACAAACACUCUACAAUUAAAUCUAUACAACACACAACUUCAGUCUAUGCAGAGUUCAACAUCUGCACACCAAAUGGUUGCCACAUCAUUACCUUUAGGAAUGCCUUGUCCAAUAGAUAUGGAAUCAAUUCACACUUCUCACCAACUUUCUUUAAAAUAUCCACUCAGUUCUACCUCAUAUACAGUUUCUAUGACUGAGAAAGACCAGCCAUUGAAAGGGGAAAUGGAAAGUUACUUAAUGGAACUGCAAAGUGGUAUGCCUUCUUCAUCCCAAGAUUCUCGAGGAUCAUCAUCUAAGUUAGGGUUGGAUCCUCAAGUAGGUCCACUAGAUGAUGGAUCUGGGGAUGUUUCUCUUUCCAAAAGUUCUGUUUCUAUAAGUGAACCUCUAAAUACCCCAUCACUGGACUUCUCUCAGUUAUUCAAUUUUAUACCAGUAAAUGGACCUCCUUUUAAUCCUUCUGUUUCUGUGGGAAAUCUUGGAAUGAGUUACUCACAAGAGGAGGCACACUCAUCUUUGACUCAGCUUCCUCCACAGGCACAAGACCUUCAAGACCCUGGUAUUAAUCUUGGGUCUCUUCACUCAUUGUCUGCAGCUUUCACUAGCAGUCUAAACACAACCACAACUCUACCACGUUUUCAUCAAGCGUUCCAAUAACAUGCGAAAAUGGCCUUGUGACAAAUCUGUAGAAAGCCUUAGAUGACUUUAAAUACUUUAGUGCCUACUAUGUCAUUUGUAAAUCUACUUUUGUACAGUACCAGUCUCAUUAAGCCAGUAUAAAAUUCAAAUUAACUUUUAAAAUAGUUUGAAUGUGUUUGUUCACAGUUGUUUACUCUGGUUGUUAAAACAAUCUGUAUCCUCACUGCCAAUAGAUCCACAAUUUUUAAAAAGUCUAUGGAAAAGAUAUUUCCAGAAUGUUAUGGAUCUCUUAUUUUAAAGCUUCAUUGAGAUUUGAUAAUUUUAUAGUAAUUUAAAAUCUGAUAAUUUUAAAAAAGAAAAAAACAUUAAAAAUUCAGUUUCAUGAAAAAUUUAUAAAACAAUUGAAACAAUGAAUUAUAAAUGAGUACAUUUGUUACCAGUAUGAAAAAUUGUUAAGCUUUUUACAUAUAGAUUUCUAAGAAGGUCUGAAGGACCUAUUAUUUUUUCUUAAAUAAUUUCACAAUUAAAGGUGUAAAUGUAUUGCUUCAUUUAAGUGCAAUUACAAAGAAGUAUGAUUUGGCAAAAAAAAAGUAUGCCUUAUUGGCAAAUCUAACUAGAGACAAAAUUCAGAGCCUACCUUGAAAUAUAAAUAUUUUUAUUUCAUCAUUCUGUAAAUAGCUGUCAUUUGCUAUUCUCAUUUAAAAAAUGAGUCAAAAGCCACCGAAAGGUUUUACAUGUUGAUUUCAAUUUGAAGUUAGAAAAUGAAUGUAAAUCCACAAAUACAUUUUUCCAUAAUUACAUUGGAGCUAAUCACUUUUGAAUUGUAUUUCGUGACAUAUAUGUCCCCUGUGCAAGACCUUUGAUAGUAAUCUUCCUUACCACACCUGGGUAUUUGGCUAGUGAUUUUUUUUCAAUGCCAAGAAUUUAAAACAGGACUCUGAGGAGUGAAGUAAAAGCAUAUUGCUUAUGCCACUUUUACUUAAUAUUCAAGGUAUUUAGAAAAACUAAUAGCAAAACAGCUAUUCAUGCUGUGUGUCAAAUUGCUAUUUCUUUUCAAAACACAUUCUUAUAUUCCCAAUAACCAAAAGAAAGAAAAACUGUGAUAUAAAAAUGGAAAAUGUACUUUUGCUGUAAUUUGGAAACAUAUUCAUUUAUACCUUUAGACUUUUAAAUCAUAUAAUUAUGUCUAUUCAUUAGUGUGGUUAAAUACAUGAGUUUUAAGUAGUUAAAGGAAAUAUAUUUAACAGAAACAAAGUUGCUCCCAUUAAGGAGCUUUGGCUCCCAAUAUUUGUAUCAUAAGUUCCUACUUUAUCGUAGGAACAAUAUGCAGGUAUGAUUUUACUAUUUUAUACUGAUGUAUUUAAAUUUUAUUACUGAAUAGUAACUUUUUAUAAGUGUUUUGUUCCAAAGGCAUUAAAAUAAGGAUGUAUUAAUAAGGAAACCACCUUUUCAAAUUUUGUAAGCUGCUCCAAUAUGCUGUGAGAAUACUUUCUCAAAGUAGUCAUUAGCUCUGCUGCAUGAUUGCUUCUUUUAGUUUCUAUGAAACAGAUUGCUAAAAUGUAUCUUUAAUGGAAUGAUUUGUUCAAUAUUGCUUUUCAGGCUUUUAGCACCAUUAUUUUAAUCCCAGGGGUUGGGGGAUUUCAGAAAGGAAAAGUCUUUGUCUUUUCAAAGGACUCAUAUUCUACAAGAAAUGGAAAUGUCCUUAUGUGCCUUUUUUGUAGAUAGUGGAUUACUUUCAACCCUUAAAAACUGAAUUGGCUUUAGCUUCAUUGUCUUUAUCCCAGAUUUUUUUCAUUACUCAUAAUUGUGUUCCUAAGAAAAUACUGUCAUUAGACAGAUAAUUAAAACAAAAUUUCACUCAUUAAAGAAGUGAAAUAAACCAAUUUUAGUUUCAGUUUUUCAUAUUUACCACUACAUUACUUAUAAUUUUUGACAGGGUUGGUAUGUAUAAAUCAUGUUAUAACAAUGUUAUCUGUUUUCAGUAUUAGUUGCUGGUUACCUUGUUUUUUAAAAAACAAGAACUAGUUUUUCCAGUAAUCCUUGAUCCAUGUUAAAGGUCCAUAUUGUUAUGGCAGCUCUUUCAGGUUCUAAAAUGGGAUUAAUUAGAGAACAGGUGCAUUUCAAAUUAGCAAUAGAAUUUCAGACAAGAUAUUGAACCUCAUUCAGUUAGUACUUUGCUAAAUGGCUACACCUUGUGUGACUGUCACUGAAGAAGUAUGAAAAUAUGGAAGCAGAAUGACAGUGUGGGCUUUAUUUACACACUAGUGCUUUAUGACUACCAUUUAAGCAGAGACAUUUGGCAAUUUUAAAAUUUCAAUUUUAAAGCCUAUUUUAUAAUCACCAGGUUAACUCUUAAGAAUGAAGUGUUGUGUGUGCUGGCUGCUCAUGCACCACACUUUGUAU